UAAACUAUUAUACCAGCGAUAACUCAAACAUUAUCGCAGGUCGAUAAUCACGUUAGUGUCUUGUUGUGAGUUGAUCAAAUGGUACGGGGAUUUACCGCGGAAUUUGAUUAAAAAUACUUUUUUUAAAUAUUGUAGAUACUUACCUAAUACUAAUAAAAAGAAGGACAUGGCAUGGACAAAGUGAAAAUUUAAGUCUUAUUUGAUACCUACUUGUAAAUAUGAUGGACACUAAUCCCUACCAGCCGAUCUCACCAAGGGGUGGGAAUGACGUGUGUAUCGAGAUGGACAUUCUGCGUGUGGGCUCGGAGCCGGUGGGGAUGCGCUGCCCUCACUGCCAGGAAGACGUCAUGACCAGAGCCACGUACAAAAACUCCACCUUAACGCACAUCGUGGCUGCCGUUUUAGGACUAUUGUUUUGGUGGUUAUGUUGUUGUGUGCUGCCGUAUGUUACAAAAAGGUGGAAAGAUGUGGAGCACUAUUGCCCUCGGUGUGCAGUGUUUUUGGGUGCCUACACAAGAAAAACAAUAAUUUAGUAUAAUUUUCAAACUUUAGUUACCUAAACCAUAAUUAUUUUACUAGCUUUCGUAUGCUUUUUCAUAUUUUUAACAAUAGGAUGAUUUUUAAGAUUUAUUUAUCAUAGUUAGGCUUAGAUUAGGCAAUAAGUAAGGUCUUUCACACUCCAACACUAUUCGAUUUUUAUCGAAAACCGCCUUUUAAUCGCAGAUUAAAAUUUUCUUGGGCUCAAAGCAUAAUUGGUCUAAUUUGAGAUGUAUUAUAAAAUUUAUAAAUUAUAAUAAUGAAUAACGGUUCCGUUUUUUGCCAUUUGGCUACGGGACCCUAAAAAUUGGCUACGUGCGUCUCAAAUUAGGAAAAAUAAGUCUUUCUAGUCUUAAUUAUUUUUAUUUCUUUAAUGACAACGGAGUACAAUUAAAAACGCAAAGGUUAAAUAAAAACUUUAAAAUUUAUAA